AUGGAGGUGUCCAACCACACUGGGAUGACUCUCUUCCACUUCCACCCCUUCUCCAAUCUCCCUGAGGUGCAGAUGCUGAUUUUUGUGGCCUUCUUGCUUAUGUACCUGGUCAGCAUCAGUGGCAAUGUCUCCGUUUCCCUCAUCAUCUGGAUCAGCCCUUCUCUCCACACCCCCAUGCACUUCUUUCUGGCCAAUCUAGCAGCUCUGGAGAUCUGCUAUUCCUCCACCAUUGCCCCUCUGACUUUGGCCACCAUCCUGUCCACAGAGAAAAACCUCAUCUCCCUUCCUGGUUGUGGCACCCAGAUGUUCUUCUUCAUCUUCCUGGGCAGUGCUGACUGCAUUCUGCUGGCCAUCAUGGCCUAUGACCGUUUUGUGGCCAUCUGUCACCCUCUGUAUUAUACCCUCAUCAUGAGCUGGCGGUUGUGUGUCCAGCUGGCCCUGGGGUCUCUGGUGCUGGGGUUCACCUUGGCCAUGCCACUGACUGUGCUCAUCUUCCAACUCCCUUUCUGCAGCAGCAAAGAAAUCAGCCUCUUCUAUUGUGAUGUCCUCCCUGUCAUGAGACUGGCCUGUGCAGAUACCCGGGUCCACGAGGCCACUCUGUUUGUGGUCAGCGUCACUGUCCUCACCAUCCCCUUCCUGCUCAUCACCCUCUCAUACGUCUUCAUCGUGGCUGCCAUCCUGAAGAUCCGCUCUGCAGAGGGGAGGCACAAGGCCUUCUCCACCUGCUCCUCCCACGUGACUGUGGUUCUCCUCCAGUACGGAUGUGGAAGUCUCAUCUACCUGUGCCCUAGCUCCAGCUACUCUCCCGAGAGAGACCAGGUGGUGUCUGUGGUUUACACAUUCCUCACCCCCGUAUUGAACCCUCUGAUUUACAGCCUGAGGAACAGAGAGCUCAAGGAUGUGUUAAAGAGAACGAUGAGGUUCCUGCUGCCCAAAACACAAUGA